ACGCACUUUAACCAAUUAUUUUUUGAGGUAACUCAAAGUCCACAUCCUCACUCUCUCCGCUUUCACUUUCCUUCCGUCUCUUUUCCUGUAAUAUGCGUUUUCCGGGGUUUUCUGUGGAAACCCUAGAAAAUUAGGGUUCUCGCCGAGAUUAGGGUUUUUGGGGCUUCUUCCUAUUAGGGUUUUUGGGUUUCAAUCGCCAUGGAUUCUGAUCAAGCGAAGUUGUUUGUGGGAGGAAUUUCGUGGGAGACGAGUGAAGACAGCCUCAGGGAUCACUUCAACAAGUACGGGAAUGUUCUGGGUUCUGUGAUCGCCAGGGAUCGUAACACGGGCAGUCCCAGGGGCUUUGGGUUUGUUUGGUUCUCUGACCCCUCUUCCGCGGAUAGAGCUCUUCAAGACAAGCAUGUGGUUGUAGGGAGAACGGUAGAAGUAAAAAAGGCAAUACCCAGAAGUGAACAACACCAGAACCAACACCCUCACCACUCCGACAGACCACAGGGUAGAGGAUUGAAUAGGAACAGUAGCAACGUUAGUAGUAAUAACCAGUUCAAGACUAAAAAGAUUUUUGUUGGGGGUUUAGCUGCCAGUCUAACUGAGGAAGAAUUUAGGAAUUACUUUGAAAGGUUUGGUAGAAUUAUGGAUGUAGUCGUGAUGCACGAUAGCACUACCCACCGACCAAGGGGCUUUGGUUUCAUAACUUUUGAUUCGGAGGAUUCUGUUGAGAAUGUUAUGCAGAAGAACUUUCAUGAGUUGAAUGGUAAGUCUGUGGAGGUCAAGAGGGCUGUGCCAAAAGAGGGGAAUAAUAAUAGCAACAACAGUUAUAAUACGAGAAUGGUUGGCAGUAGAGGUUCUCCCUAUAAUGGCUAUCAACACGGGACAUACCCACCUUACAGUCCUACAUAUGGAGUUUUCUCUGGUUAUGCACCUCUUUCGGGCUACAACGGUGUUGGAGGCUAUCUUUACGGAGCAGGAGCUUAUGGUGGUGGGUACCUGAUGGGGGGCUAUGGUGGAAUUGGCUAUGGGAUGGCUGCACAUGCCCCUCGGAGUCCUUGGAGUGGCCCAGGAAUGGUAGGAGCCAGGGGAUAUCCACUACCUUAUGGCAGUACUGCAAUCCAACCUGCCAGCAUGAAUGGUGGUUUUGGAAUAAUGGGUGUAGGUUUUGGUGGAUAUAAUGGGAUUUUGAGGCCUGGAUCAGAUGGGAAAUUGAAUCAGGUUGCUAGUGGUGAUUUAGGCCUGCCAGCAGAUGCGAGGUUGCCCCAGACAGAUGGGGGAAGGUCUGACGUUCAUUCUUCAGCUUCAAUGGGAAGCAUUAGUGCUGCCUAUAGCAUCCAGAAUCAAAGAAGCCUUGAAGGUCAAGUUAGGCCUUGUCCUGUUGCUAAUUCCAGUUGACUACAUUACACCACAUCCACGGGCAAUUGGGAGAAUAGUAAAUUGCUGAUUAAUGGGGCUAGGGCUGAUAACAUUGUUCAAAUUGCUGUUUCUUUUCUUCUUUCUGUGCUUGUCAUCUUAUGUUUCAAUGAUUUGUCAAUACAGGAUUGGAACUUUUGUAAUAUAAUUUUUUUUAAUUCGGACAUGUGUUGUGUUUUCCCCUUUCAAUAAAGCCACGAGCACUGAUGGAAUGGGAAGUCAUAUUGCACCCGAAA